UCAGUUAAAGGAAUAGGAGUGUGACUAGGAGUCUCUUGCCAAGCUGAGAGGGAAGGAUCAGGCAGGAAUGUGCCUGGUGUAUUCAAGGAACUGAGAGAAAGCCAGCAUGGCUUAUGCAGAGUGAGCAAGGAGGAAAGAGGUAGGUAGGAAAAGGGAAAUUGGAAGCCAUGAGGAGGACUGAAUUUUAUGCUGAGAGAAGUGGGGAGCCAUGGAAGGGUUUAGAGCAGAGGAGGGGCAUGAUUGAAUGAAACAGUGGGGAGAAGAUUUCAGCAUGCCCAGGUGAGGGGCCAGGUGGAGGAGGCAAAUAGGCUACAGCCUGCCCAGCAGGUGGGGGCCGGGGCCCAGAAUGGGAGUAGACAAGGUUGAGUACUGGUUUGGGAGAGGUUGGAGGGGUCUCAACUGGACGUGGUGAUCAGAUGUGGGGGUGACAGGAAAACCAAUGGCCAUUUGCUGAGAUAGUACACACUGGAAGGGAGCAUUUGGGGAGGCCAAGAAAAAUGUAAGCAGCUGCCACUGUUGAGCAUGUACUGUGUGCCCAGGCCCGUGCACGUGCCUUCCAUGUGGUCACUGUCUUACUACAACAAUCCUGACUUAGGUGCUGUUAUGAUCUUAUUUUAUAGAUGCAGAAACAGAGGCCCAGAGAGGCUAAUAGCUUGCCCAGGAUCACCCAGCCUAGACCUGUAGAGCUGUCAUCUGAACUCAGGGAAGAGUGAGCCAAGAGCAGAGCUGGGCAGAGGGCAGAGAGGUGAGCAGUGGCCUGAGAAGGAGGAGAGAAACGGGGUCCCCCGGUCCCCAUCCAGGCCCCCAGCUUGCCACCAUGAAGCUGAACGAACGCAGCCUGGCCUUCUACGCCACCUGCGAUGCGCCAGUGGACAACGCAGGCUUCCUGUACAAGAAGGGCGGGCGGCACUCUGCCUACCACCGUCGCUGGUUCGUGCUGCGCGGCAACAUGCUCUUCUACUUUGAGGACGCGGCCAGUCGAGAGCCAGUGGGCGUCAUCAUCCUGGAGGGCUGCACGGUGGAGCUGGUGGAGGCAACCGAGGAGUUUGCCUUCGCAGUGCGCUUUGCGGGGGCCCGGGCCCGCACCUAUGUGCUAGCGGCAGAGAGCCAGGCCGCCAUGGAGGGCUGGGUGAAGGCUCUAUCCCGGGCCAGCUUCGACUACCUGCGGCUGGUGGUGCGCGAGCUGGAGCAGCAGCUGGCUGCCGUGCGCGCUGGGGCCUGCCCGCCCCCGCCGCUGCCCCUGCCCCGCCGGCCCAGUGCCCUCCCGCCCAAGGAGAACGGCUGCGCCGUGUGGAGCACGGAGGCCCCAGUGCCCACUGCUGCACGGCCUGGCCCCGAGCCACCGCCCCGCCGCCGGGCCUCUGCGCCCCACGGGCCUCUGGACACCGCCCCCUUCGCCCAGCUGCACGAGUGGUAUGGCCAGGAGAUCCGGGCGCUGCGCGGCCGGUGGCUCACCGGUCGGGCCCAGCCUUGAUAGGGACGAGGGCCUGUCCUGGGCCACCCAAGGUCACUAAGGGCUCUUGCCCUAGAGGAACACAAGCCCCAGGCCCUGCUCCAACUAGGGGCUUGGUUCUGAGAUCACGGUGGUCAAGGCCAGCCCUGUAAGCUCUAAGCGCCUAGUUACCAGGUUGUCAAGUGUUGAGAAGAUGCUGGAUUCUGAGUGAGCCCAACCUGGAGGGGGCCAUCGUGCCUGACUGUAAGCAGAAUCUAGGCCAUGGCUAAGCCUCCUGAAGCUUGUGGUCUCCAGAAAACUCCAGCCACAGGGCUGGCUGGAACUACCCAGCAGGGGCCUCUUGCUGGCGACAGGCUUCACUGGGCUCAGAUGGUCCCUGGGACCUGAUGACAAUUCACAGCCUGAAAGGCAAGAGUCUGGUCAGCACUGGUCCUGGUGGCUCCCAACUGGGCCCUAGACAUGGACAGAGGGGCUUGGCCAUGGUUCACAACAACUGGGUCUGAUUUUGCUCUGGAGUGGCCAGGUCAGCCUGCUGGUUUCAAGGCUCCAGAAGCACCAGGUGCAGAAGGCGGCUCUGGGGGCUGAGAACGGGGAAGCAGGUGUGACCGGUAGGGUGAGAUCACCUGGUCCCCAGGGCUCUUGGCCUGGGGCGGGCUGAGGGAGGACUUUGCCGGGCCUCUUGCCAGGCCUUGAGGUGGUGUUGCUGGCAAGGCAGUGGCUUCCUGGCCUCCGGCCCUGUCUUGUCUCUGGUGGCCUUCACCUGGCUCUCCUGACACUCCUUGAAUGCCUCCUUCAGUCUCAUUCCCCCAGGGAGCCAGCUCUUCCGCCCUAAACCUUGGGUGGGGCCCCUCAGGAGCUGCUUGACCUCCAGUCCUGGGCUGGGCAGUUGUGGCCUGAGCUGACUUUCUAGCAGGUUCAUCCAGGGAGGGAAGGCCACAGCUGACUCACUGCCCAGGAAGGGCCCAGGUGCUAACCUGGUGGUAGAGAAAAAGCAGCUGCAAAGCUGUAUUUGGCUUCCAGCCCCCUUUCUUCUAGUGCUAAACAGCCACCCUCUUCAGAGCUCAGCUCAGGGGGAUUCAGGGUCCCAGCUGGCCUGAAGCUGAUGGCUGGGUCACCCUUCUUCUCACCACAGUGCCCACUAUUCACCCAGGAAGAACCUGGGGCUUCAGCCUUCAGCUUGGGUCAUGUUUACAGUCCUCAGGGCCCCACAUGGGGAUCUCCUGAGGACACCUUUAUCCCACCUUUAUUUCCCUGAAGUCUGCCUUUUGGUGAUGGACAGACUCGGUCCUGCUGCCCCUUCUUUCUGUCUUUGGAGACUCUGGGGUUUGGGGACAGAUGGCAGGGCAGGGCAGGGGGUACCCGUCAGUAAUUGAGGCCUAUCCAGCUCACUGCUGGCUUGGUGGGCUGGGGCUUCAGCCGGAAUUUUAUUUUUAAAUGCCUAGGGUAUAUAUAUUUUUUCGUGGCAACAAAGCUUUUGUUUCCUGUUGGCUGGUAGGAAGGGAUGGGGGCCCUGGCUCUGAGAUAGGUUGGGGUGGAGGGGGGUAGCCUUGGCUGGAGAAGCACAGCUUGGAGAGGCCAAGGUGCCUUGAGAGGGGAUCUCACCUGAUCCUCCCUCUGGCAGGUGCAACUGGGUCUUGGUACGUUUUCCCCUUCCUUGCCUUCCAGAAUCUUGAGGGGUGUGGGUGAGGGUGGUGGCUCUUGUCCACAGGUUCUGGAGGAGUAUUAGGGGUUGCUCAGAGCCCAUGUCCUGGUAGACUCAUCAGGUGGGGUGAAGUGUGAACCCCAGUACUGAUGUAGGUUUACAAACUCUUAAGGUACAGUGGUCCUUCCUGGUCUCCUGGGAGACAGUGGUGGGUAAUACUCCCACUACCAAAGCACAAGAUGAGGUCAGGGUGCCUCCAGGCGUGGGUGGGGAAGAGACAUCAGGUGGCCUGUGAGGGGGAUGCAAGAGCUGAAAUAAAAGUGUGUUGAGUACCG